AUGGAAGGCCGUAACGGCACCGUGUCACGCGGUGACCGACUCCUCGCCCUCAAUAAGAGUUCCAAAGGGGACUCACCUGAGACAUGCUGGUUUCAGCAAGAUAAUGAAGGCGUCGAUGGUUUAGUCCGGAAGGAAGGACAAGAAUCAUAUCACCACGGACACCCAGAGUCUCCUCGUCGUUCAACCAAAAUUGUUUGGCCCAGCUCAGAAGCGACAACAACUCAUCGCGGAGCAAUCAUGAACACAUGA